GCAAGGUAGCCCGCAGAGACUGCUCCUUCCCCCGGUUCAGUCCCGUCAGUGGAGCGCGAGGCGCGGCGCACACACACACACACGCACACGGGGCUCAUACACACCCGCCUGCACGCGUGAAAGGUGCGACAGAGAGUGGACUCCACCGGAGGACUUUGAUUUUGUGCGCGUGGGACUAAUCGGAGCAUGAAUUUGCCAUCAAGACAUCGAUCCACACCUCUAGACAGACCAAGUGAACCUUUCCAGGGAAAAGCAAACGGGGACAGAUUUUAAUGCAACAUCCUUCCUGACGGAGGGCGAUGCACCCGCUUCUUGUUCCAUAAGCUGUCACACUUUAUAUGACUGCACAAACACAGCGGUGGAUAUAUUUGCUGCAAAGCCGUUUUUUUGUUUUGCGCUCGGGGUGAGAUUCCGACUGCAGCGCACAGUAACGAGCGACAAUAGUGCGUGUUUUGAGCGCACAUUUCUCAGUGACUCGGACUUGCCUCAGAGCGGAGUUUGACUCCUCAUCAUGGGGUACGGUGCACAAACUGAUAGAGAGGGAGGAAGAGUGCCGAGAUCCUCCUGUGAGAUGCUGACCGUGUCCUGGCUUUUGCUUUUUCUCCUGGUGGAUAUCGGGGUGGCGCAAGUUGAGGAUGACUUCAUUGGUCUCGGUGAUUUGCCGGAAACCUUCCCCUCAGACCCGCCCGAGCCGCUGCCUGUGUUUUUGAUGGAACCGGAGGAGGCCUACAUAGUCAAGAACAAGCCGGUCAACCUGUACUGCAAGGCCACGCCCGCCACCCAGAUCUACUUCAAGUGCAACAGCGAGUGGGUUCAUCAGAAGGAGCACACUGUGGAGGAGCGGGUUGACGAGAACUCUGGCCUGGUAGUGAGAGAGGCCAGCAUAGAGAUCACCCGGCAGCAGGUGGAGGAGCUGUUUGGGCCGGAGGACUUCUGGUGUCAGUGUGUGGCCUGGAGCUCUGCAGGGACCACCAAGAGCCGCAAAGCCCACGUCCGCAUCGCCUACUUGAGGAAGACAUUUGACCAGGAACCUCUUGGGAAGGAAGUGUCACUGGAACAGGAAGUGUUGCUCCAAUGUCGCCCACCUGAAGGCAUCCCAGCUGCUGAGGUGGAGUGGUUAAAGAACGAGGAAGUUAUUGAUCCUGCGGAUGACAGAAACUUCUACAUCACCAUCGACCACAACCUGAUCAUCAAACAGGCCCGCCUUUCCGACACUGCCAACUACACCUGCGUCGCCAAGAACAUCGUGGCCAAGAGACGCAGCACCACCGCCACAGUUAUCGUCUAUGUGAAUGGUGGUUGGUCCACAUGGACAGAGUGGUCAGUGUGCAACAGCCGCUGUGGCCGUGGUUACCAGAAACGCACACGCAGCUGCACCAACCCAGCCCCACUCAACGGCGGUGCCAUCUGUGAAGGGCAAGGCAUCCAGAAGCUGGCGUGUAAUCCUCUCUGCCCAGUGGAUGGCCUGUGGACAGAGUGGAGUAAGUGGUCCACCUGUGGGACAGAGUGCACCCAUUGGAGGAGGAGGGAAUGCAGCGCUCCAGCGCCCAAAAACGGGGGGAAGGACUGUGAGGGCAUGGUGCUCCAGUCCAAGAACUGCACCGAUGGGAUGUGCAUGCAGAGUUCCUUAUAUCAGAAGUCCUCUGAGGCAAAAGACAGGAGUGCUUUGGGAAAUUCAUUGGCCCCCAGUACAGACGAUGUAGCACUGUAUGUGGGUAUCGUCAUAGCGGUGAUCAUGUGCCUGGUGAUCUCUGUCGUCGUGGCGCUCUUCAUCUACAGGAAGAACCACCGCGACUUCGACUCUGACAUCAUCGAUUCCUCCGCCCUCAACGGAGGCUUCCAGCCAGUCAGCAUCAAGACUGCCCGCAAAGCUGAUCUCCUAACAGCACCCCCUGACCUGACUUCAGCGGCCGCCAUGUACCGCGGCCCCGUCUACGCCCUCCACGAUGUGGCUGACAAAAUCCCUAUGACCAACUCCCCUCUGCUGGACCCUCUUCCCAACCUGAAGAUUAAGGUGUACAACUCCUCAGGCUUAGUGACCCCACAGGAUGACCUGGGUGGGGAAUUUUCCUCGAAACUGUCGCCUAAGCUACCGCACUGCCUCCUGGACAACAGUGACAGCACGAUGGGCCGUCGCACACAGACCCAGACAUUGCUUCGCACCAGGGAUCCAUCCUGCACCGCACUGGGCUCCUUCAGCUCCCAGGGGGGACACCUCAUCGUGCCCAACUCAGGGGUGAGUCUGCUCAUUCCAGCAGGGGCCAUUCCUCAGGGCAGAGUGUAUGAGAUGUAUGUGACGGUUCAGAGGAAGGACAACAUGAGGCCCUCGGUGGAUGAUGGCCAAACAGUGCUGAGCCCCGUGGUGAGCUGUGGGCCCCCCGGGGCCUUGUUGACUCGGCCCGUCAUCAUCACCAUGCACCACUGUGCUGUGUUUGACGGCCAACAGGAUUGGCUGAUCCAGCUCAAGAGCCAGUCACAGCAAAACCACUGGGAGGAUGUGGUGGUGGUAGGAGAAGAAAACUUCACCACGCCGUGCUAUAUCCAAAUGGAUGACGAGUCCUGCCACAUCCUGACAGAGACACUGGGUACCUCCUGCCUAGUGGGCCAAUCUCUCAGCGCAGCAACCACCAAGCGCCUCAAACUAGCCAUCUUUGGCCCUGUCACCUGCCCUGCCAUGGAGUAUCACAUCAGAGUCUACUGCCUGGAUGACACACAGGACGCCCUCAAGGAAGUCUUACAGAUGGAGAAGCAAAUGGGUGGGAAGUUGCUGGAUGAACCAAAGACUCUCAACUUUAAAGACAGCACCCACAACCUGAGACUUUCCAUCCACGAUGUCCCCCACACAUUGUGGAAGAGCAAACUACUAGCCAAGUACCAGGAGCUUUCCUUUCAGCAAGUGUGGAGCGGUUCACAGAGGAACCUCCACUGUUGCUUUACCCUGGAGCGCUUCUCUUCCAGCACUGUGGACCUGGCCUGUAAGAUAUGUGUGCGCCAAGUGGAGGGAGAAGGACAGAUUUUUCAGCUGGACACUAUGCUGUCAGAGGACUCCCAGAGUAUUGACACGUCUCUGCUGGACCCUGCCAGUAACAUCACGACACUGGUGGGGCCCAAUGCUUUCCGCAUCCCUGUCUCCAUCCGACAGAAAUUGUGUGGCAGUCUGGAUGCACCGCAGACCAGGGGAAAUGAUUGGAGGAUGUUGGCCCACAAACUUAACCUUGACAGGUAUCUCAACUACUUUGCCACCAAAUCCAGUCCUACAGGAGUGAUCUUGGACUUGUGGGAGGCCCAGCAUUUUCCUGAUGGCAACCUUAGCCGCCUGGCUCAGGUACUGGAGGAGAUGGGGCGCCAUGACAGCCUUGUUCCUGCAGCGACUGAACACUGACACCUGCCCACCAGGGAGUGUGACAUUCCAGGGAGUAAGAAGACAUAAAAAGAAAAUAAGAGAGGGGGACGCCGUAAAGCAGGCGAGUCAUUUGGCAUCACACUGACAAAUGCACAUACACACUCACAGAUCCUCUGUGUGUGUGUAUGUGUGUGUGUGAGUGAGAGCACUCAGAGAAGUAAGAAGAAAGAAACAGCUAGGUCUACUCAGCCAUGACCCAGUUAAACAUUGGCAACAAAAGGUGUAAAAACUUGGAGGGUAAACAAGAAUCUCUGUCAUUUCUCUCUGGCUGUUCCGCUCUCUCUCUUUCUGGUACGACAACUUGAUAUUUUUGGAUCUAGUUUCCUUGGAAACAGCUGUCCGGUUAUUUGGAUGGACUGUGCGGAUAUGUGGAUGAUGCCCUUGCCAUAGACAACAGUUUGAGUAGUGAGAUGCUAUCAAAGGUCAAAGGAGCAAGACUUGGAUCAGAGGAAGCAUCGCUCACUUUCCAAAACCAGUCUCCAUAGCAACUCCAUGGAUGAGUAUGUGUUCUGUGAUAACAUAGUAUUUAAUAAUAUGCCUAUUUAUACAUAUCUUUUUUUGUUUUUGUUUUUUGUAUUUUAUGCUGCCUGUUAUGGAAUAUUUUGCCCUCACAUUUGUUUCCUCCUCCAUUAUGUUUGACUGUAUCAUAGCACCUCCUGGUGGACUCUUGCAGUAAUGACUCAUUUACAUGUACAGAAGGAAAUCAAUGAUGUAACCAUUUUACAGCUUUAGUGUUGCUGUCGUAACUACUCUUAAUACUUUUUAUUCAUGUUAUGUAUAAUUAUUGAUUUUGAAUUAUGUUUGCUCCUUUUACAUGUUUUUUAUCUUUAAAAUAUUUUUGAUAAGUUGCAUUGGUUAGGAUUUUUCUUUACUUUGUUUGCAUGUUUAUUAUCAGGUCAUUUGGCUAAUUACAUCAGUCACUAUUGCUCCAAAUAGAGGGUGAUCAAGACAGUUUCCCAACUGAAUAAAAAUCAUGAGUGAUGCUGAAGAUUUGUAUGUUGUUAAAUAUAUCAUCUACAUGAAAGAGACCAGGCAGAGAGGAGAGGUAGAUACUGUAGAAAAGGGACUCAAAUAAGUAUAUUUUUGUAGGACCAAUGUAACUAAAUACAACUGCUUUUUACCAAAUAAUUGACAUACAGUGUAUGAGGUUAAAUUUAUUACAGAGGGCGAUCACCUAAAUAUCAAACGACAUUUCUUGUGUUCAGAACGAAAUGACUUUCAUCUGUGAUUUUGGAGAACAGAGACUUCUGUGUUUGUACAUUAACGACAGAAUCCAUCAAUGUUACGGUGACACCAACUAUGUGCAUAAAAAUUAGUGGUAGUUGUAAAUGCAACAUUCCUUUGAUGCAGCAGCACUUGUGACUGUUCCAAGUGUUCUUGGUUGGUUCUUGUUUUUGUUUUUUUGUUUUUUCUUAAUGGCAGUUGUCUCAGUUUUCGUAAAGCCGUCUAUGCAAACUCUGCAUCUUUCUGAACAAUCUUUACAUUCUCAGUGGGCUCGCCUUUUUGCAUUUCCUAGUUGUUCUUCAGCUUCAUGAUUAUUAUUGUGUAUAGUGAGAAUGUAGCCUGUCUGUUUCUGGCACUCAUGAUGUUCCUCGCAACUGCUUGCAUUUCAUCUGUCAAGUUAUUGUACAAAGUGUAAGAAAGAAUUUUUAAGACUAAUAAUAAAUUAUAUUUAUAUGCAACAUUGAAAACCAAGCGUGG